CCCCUUUGCAAAAAAAAGCUCAGCAAGCAGCGCAGAGAGAGAAGGUGAUGGCGUGCCUGGAAGAGGAGAUCCGGGCGCGGCUGGAGAGUGCCGGCCAGUCCCACUUGCUGCGCUUCUGGGACGAGCUGGACCCGGCUCAGCGAGACUCGCUCCUGGAGGCGCUGGCGAAGCUGGACGCUGAGGAGCUGGGCGAGCAUUGCCGGAAGGCGGCGGAGGCCUACGCGCGGGAGGAAGAGCCGCGGCAGGAGAGACUGGGCUGCCGGAUAGAGCCUGUCCCUCCAGAGUUCUUCGGCAGCGUCUGCAGGAGCGACCGGCGGACUUUGGAGCAGUGGGAGGAAGAGGGGCUCCGCAAGAUCUCCCAGAACAAGGUGGCAGUUCUCCUUCUGGCUGGAGGGCAAGGGACACGCCUCGGGGUGCCUUACCCUAAGGGCAUGUAUGAUGUGGGGCUGCCGAGCCACAAGACCCUCUAUCAGAUCCAGGCAGAGCGGAUCCGCAAAGUGGAGCAGCUGGCUGGUGACAAGUUUGGAACUCACUGCACAGUCCCUUGGUACAUUAUGACCAGUGAGUUCACUUUGGGACCGACAGAGAAAUUCUUCCAGGAGCACAACUACUUUAACCUGGAGAAGUCCAACAUCAUCAUGUUUGAGCAGAGGAUGCUCCCGGCCGUGGCAUUUGAUGGGAAAGCGAUCUUGGAAGAGAAAGGCAGGAUUGCCAUGGCGCCAGAUGGCAACGGCGGUUUGUACCGCGCCCUGGUGGACAACAAGAUCCUGGAGCACAUGGAGCGGUGUGGCGUCCAGUACAUCCAUGUCUACUGUGUGGACAACAUCCUUGUCAAAAUGGCAGAUCCUGUCUUCAUUGGUUUCUGUGUCUCGAAAGGGGCUGAUUGUGGUGCUAAGGUAGUGGAAAAAGCCUACCCCACAGAGCCUGUUGGGGUGGUUUGCUCUGUGGACGGAGUAUACCAGGUGGUGGAAUACAGCGAGAUCUCCUUGGAAACGGCACAGAGGAGAAACGCGGACGGCCGAUUGACAUACAGCGCUGGAAAUAUCUGCAAUCACUUCUUUAGUCUUGACUUCCUGAAGGCUGUCACAGAGAAGUUUGAGCCCUGCUUGAAACGCCAUGUGGCUGUCAAGAAAGUCCCUUUCGUUGACCAGGAGGGCAACCGGGUGAAGCCGCUGAAACCCAACGGGAUAAAGCUGGAGAAGUUUGUGUUUGAUGUGUUCCAGUUUUCUAAGAAGUUCGUAGCCUUUGAGGUCCCGAGGGAAGAGGAGUUCUCGCCUUUGAAGAACUCUGAUGCGGCCGACAAAGACACUCCCACCACAGCUCGCCGGUCACUCCUCUCCCAGCACUACCGUUGGGCUGUGAAGGCAGGAGCUAGAUUUAUCAAUGGCAAUGGCCAGAGGAUACCUGAGGAACCAAGUUUAUCAGGAGAUGACGAACCACCCGCUGUAUGUGAGAUUUCACCUCUAGUCUCUUACUUUGGGGAGGGACUAGAGAUGUACCUGAAAGCCAAAGACCUCCAGUCACCUUUUCUUCUCGAUGAAACCAAAGCGGAAACAUUAAGAAGAGCUUGAAUGAAGACCCAACUUGGAAGAUUGUCCUCUGAGGCCAUCUUUUUGCUUGACUAUUGCUUUAAUGAUUAAGAAAAGAAUAAUUUUGAGGAAACUAUCAGUGUUUAUGAUACUAUAAAGCCAAAAUCUUCUAACUUUUCUGCUUCUGGGGUGGGGUUGUUAGGUUGCCCUCUGCCU